AAGAGGUCACAUGAGACAGCCAGACUCAGCGCUGAAGCCAGGGAAUAUGGAAGGCACGCGGGGGUCUCGCGGGGUCACACUGAGCCUGUGGGGGCUGCUGCUGCUGUGGAACGCGAUGCAGGACCUCGUUAGUUCAGCCCCGGCCCGAGCAAGUCCCCAGAUGCCCUUCGGAGCUGGUCAGUUUUGGCACAUCACUGAUUUACAUUUGGAUCCCACCUACCACAUUACAAUAAAUCGCACUCAGGUUUGUGCCUCUUCCAAAGGAAAGAAUGCCUCCAGCCCUGGUCUGUUUGGAGAUUUCAUGUGUGAUUCCCCAUAUAAACUUAUCUUGUCAGCUUUGAAGUACAUGAAGGAUUCUGGUCAACAGGCAUCCUUUAUGAUAUGGACAGGAGACAGCCCCCCUCAUGUUCCAGUUAAAGAGCUCUCCACAAAAAUGGUAAUUGAUAUUAUUGGUAACAUGACUUCUACCAUAAGAAGUUUCUUUCCAGAACUUCAAGUUUUCCCAGCCUUGGGAAAUCAUGACUACUGGCCACAGGAUCAGCUGCCUGUAUCUGUUAGUGAAGUCUACAGUGCUGCAGCAGAUUUCUGGAAACCUUGGCUUACUGAUGAAGCAGUUAGCACCCUGAGGAAAGGAGGCUUUUAUACACAAACACUUCAGCCCAGCUUUUCUGGGCCAUUACUUAGGAUAAUCAGUUUAAAUACUGUCUUGUAUUAUGGUCCCAAUAAUGUGACACUGAAUAUGACUGAUCCAGCAAACCAACUAGAAUGGCUGGAAGAUGUACUAGAGAUGGCACUUCAGAACAAAGAAAAGGUGUAUGUGAUAGGACAUGUGCCAGUAGGCUAUCUGCCUUUUGUUCGAAAUACUACUGCUAUAAGGGAAUACUACAAUGAGAGAUUGAUAGAGAUUUUUCGAAGGUACAGCAGUGUAAUUUCUGGGCAGUUUUUUGGACACACUCACAGAGACAGCAUCAUGAUUCUCCUGGAUAAAAAGGGAAAACCAGUAAACUCCUUGUUUGUAGCACCUGCUGUGACACCAGUGAAGUCUCUCUGGCAGGUGGAUUCCAACAAUCCUGGAGUGAGACUGUAUCAAUAUGAUUCUCUCUCAUACAGUGUCCUGGAUCUUUGGCAGUUUUACUUGAACCUCACAGAAGCCAACAUGAAAAAUGUAUCAGAUUGGAGACUUGAAUAUGUUAUGACCAAAGCUUACGGGAUAGAGGACUUAAAGCCAGAAAAUCUACAUGGAAUGGUAAAGCAGCUCAGUGCACCACACAGUAAAUUGUUCGCGAAAUAUUACAACAACUACUUUGUAAGUUAUGAUGGAAACAAAUUCUGUGAACAGCACUGUAGGGUCAGUCAACUCUGUGCAAUUCAGUAUUUAGACCUCCCAUCUUAUACAGAUUGUAUUGGAAAUGAAGAUACAUCACAAUAUGAAUAAAUUGUAAUGUCCAUUCUAAGGAAUUAUGUCCUUUAAAUGUAAAAUCUAAAGUACAGCUUAUUCAUUCCUUAUGCCAUGGCAUAUUUAGAAGCCGGAAUGACAACCAAGUCCCUUAAGUAUAUUAGCAUUUCCUUAAUUUUCUGCACUGCAGCAGUUCAGACAACUGGGGAAAUUGCUCAGUAUAUUUAAAGCAAGGGUGCUUCUGAAGAGAAUUCAAUAAAAUGUUCCAUUCAAAUGUGUAAAGCAUGCAAACUGUGAACCCUUAGAAAACCUAGACUUCAGUAGCUGCUCACAUUGUCAGUCAGGAAUCUUAUCUUGUAUAUUAUUCAGUUAUACAGGAUGUUUUGACAUAUAUGUAGGUCUGGGCACAUGUCACAAGAAUUAUACCAUUUUUCAUCUGUAAAAAUGUUAAGAUACACUCACUAGGAAAAAGUUGGGCUAAAAGUGGAUGAACAGUAAGCUUCAUCUGUUUACUUAAAGUGAUGGCCUUGUUUUAAGGGCUAGUAAUUUUGUUCAAGGACACCUGAGAGUAUAUGAGGGUACAAAGUAAUGCCUCCCUAAAUGCAGCUGUGGCAACUUUCUUUUAGAGUCGCACAUUUUUUGAAAAUAAAAUUUUAAAAAUUAUUUGGUAAAAAGAAAGAUGGAUACAAAUUCAUAUUUAAUUCUGUAGACAAAGCAUGUAGGCUUUUAUUAAGUAAAGCUCACCAUCCUAGACAGAAAAACAUUCUACUUAUCAUAUUUUUCAUAUUUUCUGCUGUAUGAAGGUUUUAUCAUGUCAGUUUCCUACUUCGUAUAGGUAGUAAUAGAAACCUUUAAAAUGUUAUAGUGUUUACAUAUUGCUUAUAUAACACAAUUACAUGGACUUCAUCCUGGAGUGAAUCAUGUGGCCUUAUUCCGAGUUUAGUAGACACUCCCUUGUAAACAUAGGAUUGCAGGCAUAAUACAAAAGUACAAUGUUAUCUACUAUCUCAGGGUUUAGUGUGAAUUACCUCAUUUGGGGACGAGGGGUUAAAAUAAACUUGAUCAUUUCAGAUA